AUGGCCGCAGCUGGCCCCAACAGAGGCCCUGUGGUAGAGGUGGAGGCCCCAGCCCAGUGGCCACCACAGGGCCAGAGAGCCAGAGCCUUUAAAAAGGCUCUUUGUGGGUCAGAGAGGGCGCUUAAGGUGCCCGCUGAGUCACCAAGUCCACAGGCAUCCGCACCUGUGGUUUCUAUGGGCCCCCGUGUCGCCGGCACGCGAGAUCUCCAAGCGAAACUUCAGCUUCGUUACACAGAGAUUGCCAAGAGGACUCAGCCACCUCCACGCCUCCCUGUCGGCCCCAGCCAUAAAUUUGCAAACAAUUACUACUGCACCCGUGACGGACGCCGGGAGACUUUCCCUCCCAUUGUCCUUGUAUCAGCUCAGAAAAGGUUGGCUCCAGGGCAGCAGCAUGCCAGCUCAGAAUCUUCUAUUGCACCAAUGGAGAGAAAGCCAGUGAAACCUGGCCCUGCGCCACGGAAAUGGGAACUUUCGAAAGAUGAGCCCUAUUUGUGAGCUGCCAGGCAGAUGGGGAGGAGAGCAGGCCAUGGUGCAAAGCUCCGUGGAAAUAUUUUCGUGUGUGGACAUUAUUUCUGACCAUUCACAUUGUUCUGAUUGGUACCUGACUGAUUAAACUCAAUCUCUAACGUCAUCUGAA